UAACCAUUAUCUUCUACAAGAAUUGAAGUGGGUGCAGUUGUAAAGAGAGUAGUGGGUGGUGAAAAUGGGGAGAGGUCCUUGCUGUAGUAAGGAGGGAAUGAAUAAAGGAGCUUGGACGGCCAUUGAAGAUGAGCUUCUUGUAGAGUAUAUCAAGGUCCAUGGUGAAGGAAAGUGGAGUGGCAUUCCAAAAAAAGCAGGCCUUAAAAGAUGUGGUAAGAGCUGCAGAUUGAGGUGGUUGAAUUAUCUGAGACCUGAUAUCAAGAGAGGUAACAUGUCUCCUGAAGAAGAAGACCUCAUCAUUAGGCUCCACAAGCUCUUGGGCAACAGGUGGUCUCUGAUAGCUGGAAGAAUUCCAGGGCGAACAGACAAUGAAAUCAAGAACUACUGGAACACCAACUUCGCCAAGAAAGCUCCAGCAAGACAAACCUCAAGCUCAGAGAAAAAUCCCAUCAUGAUAACUUCUCCUCCAUCAGAUUUGCUUCCUCCAAAUCUACAGCAAUUCACCAAUGUUUUGGCCACUCCACUGCAGCCUGAACUUGAAUUCGAAGCACUGCCACCACCCAUGGAUCAAAACUUCUCCAAAACUACUGCAUCAGAGCCCCAAUUCACUGACAAUUCACCAGACAUCAUAAUGGAUUUAAACCCCGGGGAAAUUAGUGUGUCAGAGAUUUUUAACGAUGACUUUAUAAAUUUUAAUGAUUUUGAAGCAUCUGAAAUGAGAAAUAUCGAUAAUAGGUGCAAUACUGAAGUGCAGGAAAUUGCUGAAAACUGGGCGGCCAGUGACUCCCUUGAUCAAGCUCAGUAUUACAUGGGUUCAGAUUUUUCACCACUGGCCUUUCUCUUUGAGUCUGAGGGGUGGGUUGGAGAUGAUGAUGUAAAUGUUGUUUGAUUUUGCCAUUGUAAUUAAUUAAUUGAAAUUUAAUAAUAAUUUAGUCAGUAUCCUCUCCUCAUCAAUUGUUUGAGGAAGAGGGCUUGUUUGAA